CUUUAAUAUUCCUCUCUUUUUUAUAAAUAAUCUACUUUACAAGCCAUCACUUGUUAACAUUUUCAAAUCUAAAACUGAAUACGACAACUAUGCUCAGCUUCGGUCAAGGAAGAUGAGGGAUGCAAAGAACUCUUGCACUGAAGUUAUACAUUAAUACAGCAGGGUAUGCCGCUUGCAUGAAGAACAUCUACUUGGAUACGCUUCAAUCUAGUUCUGGAAUGUUUAAUGUUGAUACUGAAGAAACCCCUUUCCUGAAGUACAAACUACUCAAAUACGUCAUUCAAAAUUAUACUGCAAUUAAGAGUGACAAAUGUGCGGGUAGGAGCCUCGCUACCAAGGAAAAGCGUAUCGAGACAUUGAAGGAGUUGCAUGUAGAGUUGUUUGGAGAAAACAACUCUUUCGAAAAUGUGGUCUUAAAUAAAAAGACUGUUCUAAAGAAGCGCAAGCGGAAGCGCAACGACGAAGAAAAAAGCAUUUACUGUAAAAGGAUAAGGGGUUCACUAGCUACAAGAAAUAUACGACCGGACUAUGCAAUUGAUGUAUAUAACAACAGAAACUUUGCUUUUAGUGAUGGAGUAGGAGAGAUAAAGCUUUCUACUGUUGCAAAAUCGGGCCAACAGAUUGAUUUUUAUCGUACAGCAAUUUUUUCAAAAGAAAGAUUGGGCAAGUAUAGUUUGGAAACGAGCAUUGGGAUACAAACCAUCGGCAAAAUAUCUCUUAUAAGGCUGUGUGUCGUCAUCAACCUUUAUAUAGACACUACCGUUUCAUUCUUUGGAAUGAAUUUAUAUUUUUAACAAGUUGUAUACUUACACAGAGCUAGGAAACAUUAACCUCCCAAUGAAGAAGACUGAACUGUGUGGUGCACCUAACACAGUUGAUGUUAAUCCUAAUAUGGUUAU